AUGGAAAAGCUGACCAAGUAUCUUUCGGAAAACACCUAUAUUCACUACGCUACCCCGCAGUCCGCAGGAACGCCUAUGGCUCAACGCAUUCACUGCGUUUGCAUCAGCCAUUUCCCUGAGGUCCUGGAUGUGAUGGCCGAGCACGCAACGCUGCAGCCCGAUAGCCCUGAAGCCAUCUUCGGUGCUCACGUCCCGCACUUUACUGUUGAGAUUUUCUCAAUGGCUGCAUCGGCAGAGAAGCUUCAGAGGAACCUCGUGUGGGCUCAGAAAUCUGUGGCGGCCUUGAGAAGCACAAAUCCCAAAAAUGUCGUGCUGUCAACUGACCCUCCAUGGACACCCAUGGAUGAUCUGGACUUAAGACUGACCUACGGCAGCCGCUACGAUGAUCCAAAAGGGGUCAAGCAGAAACAUGAUGGUGGGAAUGUUUUCAAGCAUACAGUGAUCCAGCUUGGAUAG